CGACAACUACAACAAGUGAUAUCCUGAAAUGUGCUCAGAGUGAGAGGUCUUCUUUCAAGCUUAAGAUAAAAUAAGCAAAAUGUCCCCGUUGACGAAGUCGUUGACUCUCUUAAGAGUAUUUACUGCGUGUCAUCGGCAUCACUCGUCUCUUGCAAAUGAGCUGAUUGAAAACAUGGACAAGAAAUCUACCUGGGACCGUUUCUACGCUGAGAGCAGCAGCAGGACGCCCACCUUUAAAAACUUUGAAUGGUUCUUUGGUUUUCAUUCUGUGAAAGACGUAAUUAUGCCCCUAUUGGAGACAGCGUCCCAUCCGAACACUUUGCUCCAAGUUUUGGAUAUGGGCUGUGGCACAUCUGCAUUAGGCCCCUCCAUUUACAAAAACUCGGCUGUCCCAGUUCAUGUCACUUGUGCUGACAUUUCUCCCAUAGCUGUACAACUAAUGCAGGAACAUAUUCGACUACAACUCAUUCAGCCUCACAAUCUUUCUUCACAGCUUCAGUUUCUAGAGCUUGACUGUACACAGCUGGACAAACACUAUGGUUCAAACACCCUGGGCCUAAUUGUUGACAAGGGCACCACAGAUGCCUUGUUGAGGUCGAAGGAGGGGAAGGGGAAGGCUGCUCUGGUGCUGAAGCAGUGUUUACGGGCAUUGCAGAGUUCGGGAUCCUUACUCCAGUUCUCAGAUGAAGAUCCUGAUGCCAGGCUUCUUUGGCUGGAGACAGAGGUACAGGAGCAGGGAGUUGUGACAGCAGAUGUUAGUGUGCAGGAGGUUGGGGAACUAAGGGGAGUUUGUUACUAUUGUUAUCAUGUCACUCCUCAUCCUGCUCUAAAUCUGGACUCUUCUAAUAUUUGAUUGUAACUAUUAUACUUGUCAUAGAUAUUUUUUUCCUUUUCUUUCUUUUUUUUUAAAAGGAAAAACCUGUACUGUACUAUAAGGAAUAUUGUUUAUGAAACUGCUGUGUGCCUGUGUUAGUGAAGUGUCUCCAUCUCUUAUUUAGGCACCUAUUUAAGUAAAUAUUGAGAUAAUAUUGAGCAAAUAUUGAGAGUAAAUAUUAGGUAAAUAUAAGAAAAUUGUGCAGUAUUCUUCACCAUCCUUUAGUUGUGAGAAUGCUGAAACAGGAUUCUCGCUAUAGUGUUUCUGUUUCUCUUUAUUGGUAUUCUAUAUAUUAUUUCACAUAUGUGUGUUUUAAAAUGAUCUCAAAAGUUUGGGUGUCAAACUAUGCAUCUCAUUCAGGAGAAAAUUGACUGUGUUCAACAGUAUGAGUUAAACUUUUUAUUCACUUUUUGCUUAAUAGACAAGAAUGAAGAAACCUACAAAUCUUUGACAGCUUUCAGGUCUGACUACUUUAGUAAACUUUCAGCUAGACACCACAUUCAACUUCCUCAAGACAUUGAGCUAUUACCCGUUUCAGCUCUUCAAACUGUUUAGAGGUUUUUAAAAUAUACCAAUUUCUAAAUUCUUUUUUUUAGUUUAGUUUCUAGUUUUGUCAUCCCUGUGGGAUGGUGGGACGCAAUUCUGAUUCCUGUCUGGUACGUGUAAAGAAAUUGACAAAUAAACAGACUUUGACCUUAAGAGAAUUUAGAGUGCAGGUCAUGUGAAACACUGUCUAUUUGAGCAAAUUCAAGACAUUUUUGUAAAAUUCCUAUGGAAUCCUAUUUUAAAUAUCAGCCUGAGAAGUGGAAGAGAGGAGAAAAGUCCUACAUUUCCAAAUAGCUUCCGUUUCAGAACGUAGCAAAAAUGUUUACAACUGCAAUUUAAAUAAUUCCCCAUUUUGAAGUGGAACCUGUGUAAGAACCUUUGACACUAGGCAAAUAUAAAAACUUCUCCAUUAUAUUUUUAGAUGUAAUAACUACAAAUAAUUAUGUAUCUAUCAGUGUUAGCCUGGCCAGAGUCGGUGUGCAACACACCCUGGUGUUGACAUGACAAAUGUUCACAAGAUUGUGUACUGUACAUACACUGACAUGGUCACCAUUAAUCUAUUUUCAUCUGUGUGAAACAAGGCGCUGGUAGGAAUGCAUCCAAUGUUUUUUAUGUUUUGGAUUCCAAACUCAUCGCUCAUUACAUUGCUUUCUAUUACAUAAGCAGUACAGAAAAUACAGAAAGUGUAGCAUUCGGGAUGCAAUAUAACUGGAAAAACAAGUAAUGAGUAAAUGUCAAGCAAUAGCAUGUGCAACAUGGUUUUACGGUUUUUGAACUCUUAUUUCCUCUUUCUUCACCUGUUCCCCUUUUCAUCUGCAGUUCCCUAGUCCAGGUGUUGAUAAAGAUUCCCAAUAUGGGUCUAUUAUUAUUGGCUUUUAGUUACUUCAUUUUAUGAAAGUAUUUACUGUGUGUUCUUUCUUUCUCUCCAUUUUGCCCUUUCUCUCUCUGUUGGUACCAGACACCGAUACCUGUAGUAAAUCUAUCAGUUAGGUAUUCCGCAUUAGGUACACGCCCACUCUUCUGCAUAUUCAGCAAUCACGUGAAGAAGUAGCUGUAAUAGUCACAUGAGAGGCAACAAUGAGACUCGGUCGUGAAGUCCAGCAUGUAGUAAUGGGCGUCUUAAAACCUAACUCAUCUAACAAAUACGUUCCAAGUCCCGCUGUCUCCUUUUUAAUUAGGAGGAUAUUUUUUAAACAAACCAAUCUUUUUAACAAAGGAAAAGUUUGAAUUCAAAAGUAAAAUGAAUGUGCUUCCACCUUGCUCCCAGCAUAUUUGGCAAGAUCACAUUUGUAUGACAGUGGACAUAAACAGUGGCAGCUAGUCUUUAGCCUGCCUCCUAGAGACACAUCUGACAGAUUUCGAGAUGUGUCUGCCGGGAUAAAAUUCCAUGCCUCAUCUGAGCUGCAUGCCAAAAAAAAAAGCACGCAUUUUUACAUGUUAGCCUCCUCACAAUAAACUGGCAAUAAAAUAUGCAAAAUUGUCAAACAAAUACAUCUGUAAAAUAUUCCAGCACAACAUAUGUGCAAGUACAUUUAAAUAAAAGUAUAUUUUUGCAAAAUCAACGCUUCCUAUAUUUUAGUUGUGUAGAAUGUAAGUAUUAUUGAGUGGUCCAAUUGACAUUGUAAUGCUGACUUUAAAUCAAGGCAUCUGGGUCAAAUUCCCAAAGUUACUGAACAUUUAAGGUUUAGAUAUGACAAUAGUCAACCUUUAUGAGAACAUUUAGAUUAACUGUAUUUUAAUUGAAAGAGCACCUGUGAUAAUGAAAACAUAAAACAUAGAUUUUUUGGAUAUAUUC